AUGAGAAGUGAAGUGAACUCCAAACUUCUCGAUGUUACCCCUUCUGAUGCAACUCCCGCAGCAGACACGGAUAAUCUCCAUGAUACUUGUCCGACAGAUACAGCCCAAAAGACCGUCUUUAUCAAUGGCUUUCCAUGCAAGAAUCCAGGCAGUGUUUCGGCUUCUGAUUUUAAAUCCUCCCUGUUGAAUGAGAAGGGUGAUACAGACGAUAUUUUUCGUUCCAGCACGACUCUGGUCACAGCUGCGGAAUAUCCAGGGCUCAACACUCUCAGCUUAUCAGUUGCGAGGACUGACUUAGAAGUGGAUGGCCUGGUAAUGCCACAUGCUCAUCCGAGGGCUUCUGAGAUGCUCUUCGUUAGUACAGGUGUGGUGAUUGCAGGAUUUUUUGAUACCAAUAAUGUCAUGUUCCGGAAAGUUCUUAGAGAAGGGGAUGUAUUCGUCUUCCCAAGAGGUCUUCUGCAUUAUUGCUUGAAUAAUGGGUUUGAGGAUGCCACCGUUUUCUCGGUGCUGAAUAGCCAGAAUCCUGGGGUUGCAAGUAUUCCUGGUGCCGCCUUUGCACCUCAUGAUGCAGAAUCUAUGAAGAAAUUGAAACAGAGAUUAAUCUCUGUGUCACGAUUGGACCAUGAACGGCUCGAAAACACGACUUUCUUCUAG